CCUAAGCCUAAGCCUAAGCCUAAGCCUAAGCCUAAGCCUAAGCCUAAGCCUAAGCCUAAGCCUAAGCCUAAGCCUAAGCCUAAGCCUAAGCCUAAGCCUAAGCCUAAGCCUACGCCUAAGCCUACGCCUAAGCCUACGCAUAAGCCUACGCAUAAGCCUAAGCCUAAGCCUACGCCUAAGCCUACGCCUAAGCCUACGCAUAAGCCUACGCAUAAGCCUACGCAUAAGCCUACGCAUAAGCCUACGCAUAAGCCUACGCAUAAGCCUACGCAUAAGCCUACGCAUAAGCCUACGCAUAAGCCUACGCAUAAGCCUACGCAUAAGCCUACGCAUAAGCCUACGCAUAAGCCUGUGCAGUUUGAUAAAUGA